CCUCACCCUCCCUCUUGUCCCUCCUUUUCCACCCCCCCCCCCUCCUCCUCCUCCUCCUGGAGCUCUUUUUCUGCUCUUCUAUUCAAAGUCAGAGUUGGCCGUGACGCGCGGCCCAGGGGAAGACGAGCAGCAGCACACAUCUCCGCAAAAUGCAGCGAGAAGCGUCCAGCGAUCUGGCGUGCGGCUCAUUCUGAGAGACACUCUUCUUGUUUUUCUGCGUUUUUCUAUUCGACCGCUUUGUUGUUGUCGCUGUGCCUCACGGGUUUGGAAAACGCGGUGCAAAAGGCGGUGGAGACCUUACCGGAUCACGCGAUGUGGGGAUGGACGCCGCGCUCUACUUUGACUCGUCCUCUCCAAGCGGACGAUGAGGUCCCCCCUCCGAGUGAAACUUUGUCGGAUCGUAAGUGGGAAUCGGUAAGCAGCGCGCAGUCCGCGCAACAUGGCCUCGGCUGCUAGUGCGCCCCCCGAGCCGGGGACAGGAGAACCCGGCCGGCCGAGGCUAACGCGGAGGACCCGGAGGGACUCGAGCCGCGAGCCGCCACCGCAGCCGUCUGCACCGCCGGAUUUGGACUACCUGCAGCGGCCGAGCUACUGCGACGCGGGCUUCGCUUUGGAGCAGAUCUCCCAGGGCAAGGCGACUGGAAGGAAAGCACCGCUAUGGCUGAGAGCAAAGUUCCAGAGACUUUUAUUCCGGCUGGGCUGCUACAUACAAAAGAACUGUGGAAAGUUUUUGGUGUUGGGCCUUAUGAUUUUCGGAGCCUUCGCGGUGGGCUUACGUGCGGCUAAUUUGGAGACGGACGUGGAGAAGCUUUGGGUGGAAGUGGGCGGGCGUGUGAACCAGGAACUGAAGUACACGCGACAAAAGAUCGGCGAAGAGGCCAUGUUCAACCCUCAGCUCAUGAUCCAGACACCACGGCAGGAAGGAGCCAGCGUGCUGACUGUGGACGCGCUCCAACAGCACCUGGAGUCAGCCAUGCGAGCCAGCAGAGUUCACGUUUACCUUUAUAACCGACAAUGGAAAUUGGAACAUUUAUGCUACAAAUCAGGAGAACUAGUCACGGAAACACAUUAUAUGGACCAGAUCAUAGAAAAGCUUCAUCCCUGUCUCAUCAUCACACCUCUGGACUGUUUCUGGGAGGGAGCCAAGCUCCAUUCCGGGAUGGUCUAUCUACCAGGUAAAGACCCAUUGCAGUGGACCAAUUUUGACCCGAAGGACUUCCUGGAGGACUUGCGGCGGGCACACUUCCCUGUGGACAGUUUUGAGGACAUGCUGGAAAAGGCAGACGUCGGCCAUGGUUAUAUGGACCGACCCUGCCUGAACCCUUCCGACCCCGACUGCCCUCUGACCGCCCCCAACAAGAACUCCACCAAGCCAUUAGAUGUGGCAUGGACCCUGAGCGGUGGCUGCUACGGCCUGUCCAGGAAAUACAUGCACUGGCAAGAGGAGCUGAUUGUAGGCGGGACCACCAAGAACGGCAGCGGACCCCUGCUCAGCGCUCAGGCCUUGCAGACUAUGUUCCAGCUGAUGACUCCUAAGCAGAUGUUUGAGCACUUCAGGGGCUACGAGGAGGUUUCCCACAUCAACUGGAAUGAGGAAAAGGCCGCGGCCAUACUGGAGGCCUGGCAGAGGAGAUAUUCCGAGGCUGUGUUGCAGAGCGUGGCAGCCAACUCAUCCCAGAAGGUCUUGUCUUUCACCACCACCACCCUGGAGGACAUUCUCAAGUCUUUCUCUGACAUAAGCGUCAUCCGCGUGGCUAGCGGCUACUUGCUGAUGCUGGCCUACGCGUGUCUGACCAUGCUGCGGUGGGACUGCGCCAAAUCUCAGGGGGCCGUUGGGUUGGCGGGCGUCCUACUGGUGACGCUGUCAGUGGCGGCGGGCCUUGGCCUCUGCUCUCUACUGGGCAUUACCUUCAAUGCCGCCACCACACAGGUGCUACCGUUUCUGGCUUUGGGUGUCGGCGUGGAUGACAUCUUCCUCCUCGCUCACGCUUUCAGUGAGACGGGACAGAACAAGAGGAUCCCAUUUGAGGACCGCACUGGCGAGUGUCUAAAGAGGACCGGAGCCAGCGUGGCGCUAACUUCCAUCAGCAACGUCACCGCCUUCUUUAUGGCCGCCCUCAUUCCCAUCCCCGCGCUACGGGCGUUCUCAUUACAGGCUGCAGUGGUGGUGGUGUUUAACUUUGCUAUGGUCCUGCUCAUCUUCCCCGCCAUCCUCAGCAUGGACCUGUACCGACGAGAAGACAGACGCUUUGACAUUUUCUGCUGCUUCUACAGCCCAUGUGCGAACCGCGUGAUCCAGAUGGAGCCUCAGGCAUACCUGGAUGGAUCAGACGGGAGUCGCUACAGCUCUCCGCCAUCCUACCGCACGGGGCUCCCCUCGUACCACACGCCUCCGCCAAGCUACAGCCCGCCGCCCUCCUACAGCAGCCACAGCUUUGCCCAGCAGACACAGAUCACCAUGCAGUCCACGGUGCAGCUCCGGACCGAGUACGACCCCCGCACGCAGGCUUUCUACACCACGGCCGAACCCCGCUCUCAGAUCUCCGUGCAGCCCGUCAACCCGCCCCCCGGCCGGAGCGCCCCUCACAACGACUAUUACGCCAAUAACAAUAACAACAGCGGGAGGCGGAGUCACCGGACAGCUCGAUAUCGUCACUGCGGGGCUCCGGCUACUACUUCAGGCUCGGGCCCUCAGCAGGAUUCUGCCGAAGGAAGCGGCCAGAGCCCGGAGAAUAACAACUCCACACGGGACUUGCUCUCCCAGUUUGGGGAGGGCUCGCUCGGCGUGAGGUGCAUGGAGCCUCCCUGCACCCGUUGGACACUGGCUUCUUUCGCCGAGAAGCACUACGCUCCGUUUCUGCUGCAGUCCACCACCAAGGUGGUGGUGAUCAUGCUCUUCCUGGCCUUGCUGGGGGUCAGCCUGUACGGCACCACCCAGGUUCGGGACGGCCUGGAGCUGACCGACAUUGUGCCGCGGGAGACCAGCGAGUAUGACUUCAUCGGCGCCCAGUUCAAAUUCUUCUCCUUCUACAACAUGUACGUGGUGACGCAGCGGGCCGACUAUGCUCACAAACAGCCGCUGCUGCACGAGCUGCACCGCAGGUUCCGCAGCGUCCGCUACGUGCUGAAGGAGGACAAUGGACAGCUACCCCCCAUGUGGCUUCACUACUUCAGGGACUGGCUGCAAGGUCUGCAACAGGCAUUCGACAAGGACUGGGAGACCGGCUGCAUCACUCUGAACAGCUACAAGAACGGCUCUGACGACGGCGUCUUGGCGUACAAGCUUCUAGUGCAGACGGGACGCAGAGAAAAGCCCAUCAACUUUAAUCUGCUGACACGUCACAGGCUUGUGGAUGCCGACGGCAUCAUCAACCCCGGAGCCUUCUACAUCUACCUGACGGCCUGGGUCAGCAACGACCCGGUGGCCUAUGCUGCAUCGCAGGCCAAUAUUCGCCCGCACCCUCCCGAGUGGCUCCACGACCGCACUGACUCCAUGCCUGAGACGCGCCUCAGCAUCCCGGCGGCGGAGCCUAUCGAAUACGCACAGUUCCCCUUCUACCUCAACGGGCUCCGGGAGACGCCGCAGUUUGUGGAGGCCAUUGAGAGCGUGCGGGCCAUUUGUGGCAACUACAGCCGUCAAGGCCUGCCCUCCUACCCCAACGGCUACCCCUUCCUCUUCUGGGAGCAGUAUGUCAGUCUUCGCCACUGGCUCCUCCUCUCCAUCAGUGUGGUGCUCGCCUGCACCUUCCUGGUUUGCGCCCUCUUCCUGCUCAACCCGUGGACUGCCGGCAUCAUUGUGUUGGUGCUGUCUCUCAUGACAGUGGAGCUGUUUGGCUUCAUGGGGCUGAUGGGAAUCAAGCUGAGCGCCGUUCCCGUGGUCAUCCUCAUCGCCUCGGUGGGCAUCGGGGUGGAGUUUACUGUCCACGUGGCCUUGGCCUUCCUGACGGCCAUAGGGGACCGUCACAAGCGGGCAGUGCUGGCGCUCGAGCACAUGUUUGCGCCGGUGCUCGACGGCGCCUUCUCAACGUUGCUGGGCGUUCUGAUGCUCGCGGGCUCCGAGUUCGAUUUCAUCGUCAGGUAUUUCUUUGCAGUGUUGGCCAUCCUAACGGUUCUGGGAGUUCUGAAUGGACUGGUCCUUCUUCCCGUCUUACUGUCCUACUUUGGACCCUAUCCUGAGGUGAUUCCAGUGGAUGGUCGCAGCAGGUUACCCACCCCGGAGUCGCCAUCCCACGUGGUCCGCUUCUCUGUCCGUCCCCGCCCCACCGCCUCUGCCUCGGCCACCUCAGGCGCAGCCUCAGAUUCGUCGGACUCUGAGUACAGCUCCAACAGCAUUGCGUUGGGCAUCAACCAGGAACUGCCGGGCGACAACCCGUCCCCGCAUAGGGGACAGGCCGGACAGCAGGAGCAGCAGCAGUACCCUCUCCCCACCAGCAGUGGCAGAAUAGCCAGGACGGAAGAGGAAAGGAGGAUGGUGUCGGGCCACAGGCGCCCAACCAGGCACCCCGAUCCCGCAGCCUAUAAUGUGUCCUCGUCUCAGGGUUGUAAUGCUGGACCCGGGCCCAGCGUUCCUCAGCGUGCCAGGGACCCCAAGGGCCAACAACACCGGCAAGCCCCGCCCCCAGGCCGCCCGCGCACGGACGCUUUCGAAACCUCCACCGAGGCCGGUGCCCACUUUGGCGGCCACGGCCACAGGGAACACUUUGCGGGCCACCGGGGGCGUGCCCCUCCGCACCACCCCAACACUUAUGGCCAGCCCAUCACGACGGUGACUGCGUCGGCCUCCGUCACCGUCGCCGUCCAUCCCCCUGGCUCCUCUUACCCGGGAUACGCUGCGACAGACACUUACCGGCAGGAGGAGCCCCAACCCUCCUUCCAGGACCCCCACGUGCCUGCAGACCUCCACACGGGCGCCAGUGGAAGCGCGGUGGAGCCAAUGGAGCUCCAGGAUCUGGAGUUUGAGGCAGCUGACGGCAGCAGUGGCAGUCGGGCCAGCUGAGUGUGUUUGUGCCUGUCACGGCCAAAGAUGGACUUUAAAAGCAUGGCUCAGCCUGCCUCGCCCGUGGUCCUUACGCCUUCUCCUCAUGGUGCUCAUUCUUACUGUAACACGGUGGUCUCUUGUCUUAAAAUAUUUCUAUCUAUAUUUAAAAAGAUGUAUACAUAUGUACAUAGGGACAAAUGAAUUAGCUCCUUUUUUUUGUUACUAAGGGGAGAAAGUUGUGCAAGUCCUCACGUUAACAGACUUGGACUGCCAUUGUGUGAGUGUGUGUGUGUUUGUGCGUGUGCGUGUGUGCGCGCGCGUGUUUGUGUGUGUCUUCCAUCACAAUAUAUUGGCCCAUUUGAACUAUGCAAGGAAGUACAAAGGAAAGGAGGAAGGAAUACGAGUAAGCGAUAUGCUAUUUUAAUACAUUCUGCUAUAAUUGAUAUAUUGGAAGAAAAUCAGCUCCAUAAAUGAAUAUCAAUGAAAUUAUUGAAUGUAAUUGAAAAUACCAUGGCAACCAGUUCAGGAUGUCCCCCGCCUACUGCCCCAAGAAAGCUGGGACAGGCUCCAGCAUCCCCUUGUGAGGAUAAGCAAAUUUGAGAAUGAAUGGAUGGAUGGAUGUUUUGUAGUAGAUCAUUAUUGUGACAUAUCGUACCUAGGUUUCUUUUCGAAUAUAAUAAUUUGAAUCGCGGAAUUUAUGAUACUGUUGACAUCCUUGGUAAAAGACCAUAUCCUUCAGUUCAGUGUGUGUGUGCGUGUGUGUGUGCGUGUGCGUGCGUGUAUAUGAAUGAUGAUGGUUGUACUUGUACAAAGGUACGCAUGUUCAAUUCUGACUUUUUAUCACAAACCUGUGGUAGUUUUUGUAACAAUGACUGUUUUUAACUCCACACGCUAUGCGUGCUAUUUAAGACAAGCAGAUAUGAAGAUUUUUUUCUUUUUUUUUAGCUGUUUUUUUUGGUCUUUUUUUCCAAGUCACUGCCUCGACAUUGGAACCUGUUUGUGCACUCAGCUUCUUUUACCAAUGUGUUUGUUUUUUCUUGUAGGAAAAAGGUGGGGAACCAUUGAAGUUUUUAUAAAGUCCUCCAAGGGCCAGAAAUCGCAAAAGUAGUCACACGACACAUUGUACUUUAGAAGUAGUACAGGCACUUGUGUUUGGGGAAAAAAGACUAAACGUAGAUGUACUGGUUCAAUUCCUGUUCUUUUGUAAAAAAAAAAGUACAGACUCUUAGAAAAAAAAUAUUUACUGUUUUGACAACAUGCUCAAUGAAAAACAGUGUGUACACACACUUGUUGACCUCUAUUGUUAACUUACAUUGUGAAGUGACAGACAAAAAAAAUUAGCUGAUGAUAAUAACUUAAAAAAAGGUCGUAUCAGUGCUCUUAUUUGGCCCAUGGGCCGUAUGUUCCCCACCUGUACUGUAGACCACCUUAGCAGGCAACAAAUAGUUUUUUUUCUCUUUCCUUAAACCACCUCAGAAAGUUCUGGAACAGGGUCCAAACAAACGGGUGGGGGCGUUAGCCCCUCCUUUGGUUCUAGCCUAGCCGAUAAGCUAAAUAUUCACAUAACAUACUGUACAAGUUGGCCCAUCCAGGCCAUCAACUAUAACUCAACUCAUAGCAACAACUUUCCUCAUGUAGGUUUUCUGUUUCCUUUUAGGCCAAACAAUAAGCUAGUUAGCCCGCUAGCCUGCUAAUGGCUAAAUGCUUCAUCAUCUUAGCAUAUUAGCAUGUGUAUGUAUCCUAUUCCUUACCCUUCUUAUCACUUAACUGGAGUUAGCAUCACAAUGUUAAGUGGACCCCACCCCUGUGUGUGUGUGUGUGUGUGUGUCCUCUUACUUCCUGUCGUCUGUCCAAUCAGCUGCUUGCAUGAACAAGGUUGUUCAAUUAUUUUUUGUUUUCUCUCUGUGUCAUAUUGGCAGUGGAAGAGAAAAUCAUAGCUGGCAACUAUUUUAUUCAAUUUGAAAUAUGUUUUGUUUGUUUGUUCUCAACAGUCAAUUGUGAUAUUUAUAUAUUUUUUGUAAUAUAAGAUGUUUUUGUCAUUUUUGUUGUGAUGCCAGUGGAUAACAAAUGCAGGGAUUUUUAUGAGGUAAAAAAAAACACUAUUACAGUUUAUUGUUUUGAUCUGUAUAAAGUGCUUACUAAUGUUAAAUAGGAGGAUUAAAAAAAAAAAGAUGAUAUAACAUUUUUACACUACAGGUCAUCAUAGCUCUUAGCGUUUUGUUUUGCAAUUGUUCCAGACUGCCAUUUUGGAUGUAUGCUGUUGUUCCGUUACAAAGAUAAAUGUAUGCCAUAUAAUUUAUUUAUAUGAAAAUUUAUUUUUGUAGUGUACAUAGUAGCGGUCAAGGCUAUUUUGACAGAAGUAUAUAUGAAAGAUUUUAUAUGGAAUGUUAUACAGUACCAUACCGCGGGAAAGGUGCACACAACAUCAACACUUCCCUUUCAGUAUUACACAGCUGUGUGCGCGCAUGUAUGUCUGAGUAUGUACGUGAGUGUGUGCGUGCGCGUGCGUGGCCAUCCAAGUAGAACAUUGUACUAGCCCGCCAAAUAUUCAUGUUCAAACACUGAUAGAAUUCUAACUAAUAAAAUCGAAACUAUAACUUA